AUGCCCGGAGUAAAUGACCCGGAAACCAUUCGUAUCCUUGUCGCUACCGACAAUCAUGUCGGCUACAAUGAGCGAGACCCCAUCCGGGGAGACGACAGCUGGAAGAGUUUCCACGAGGUGAUGUGCUUGGCCAAGGAGCAAGAUGUCGAUAUGGUACUGCUGGCAGGGGAUCUGUUUCACGAGAACAAGCCGUCCCGGAAGUCCAUGUAUCAGGUGAUGAGGUCAAUUCGGAUGAACUGCCUGGGAGACAAGCCGUGCGAGCUGGAAAUGAUCAGUGAUGCCAGUGAGAACUUCCAGGGCGCUUUUAACCAUCCGAAUUAUGAGGAUGAGGAUAUCAACGUGGCGAUCCCGAUCUUCUCCAUUCACGGGAACCACGAUGAUCCCUCUGGAGAGGGUCAUCUCGCGGCUUUGGACCUGCUCCAAGUAUCGGGCUUGAUAAACUACUACGGUCGAAUUCCAGAGUCAGAUAACAUCCACAUCAAACCAGUUUUGUUACAGAAAGGACGGACCAAGCUGGCUUUGUACGGUAUGAGCAAUGUCCGGGACGAACGCCUCUUCCGGACGUUUCGAGACAACAAAGUCAAGUUCUAUCAGCCAGGAAUUCAGAGAGAUGAUUGGUUCAAUUUGAUGUCCGUUCAUCAGAACCAUCACGCCUACACCGAGACGAACUAUCUCCCCGAGAAUUUUCUGCCCGAAUUCAUGGACCUUGUUAUCUGGGGACAUGAGCACGAGUGCCUGAUUGAUCCGCGACUGAACCCUGAAAUGAACUUCCACGUUAUGCAACCAGGAUCGUCCGUUGCGACGUCCCUCUGUCCUGGCGAAUCAGUGGCCAAGCAUGUGUCGAUUCUCAGCAUCACAGGCCGCGAGUUCAAGAGCGAACCAGUCCGCUUAAAGUCCGUCCGCCCGUUUGCGAUGCGAGAAAUCGUUUUAUCAAAGGAGAAGGGGGCGCAGAAAUUGGCCCGCAAGGAAAACAACCGUACCGAAGUCACACGAUUCCUCAUGACGCUCGUGGAGGAACUCAUCGAAGAAGCCAAUGCAGACUGGGCCGACACACAUGGCGAGGCAGCGGAGGACGAAGAGCAGGAUAUCCCGUUACCUCUCGUUAGGCUGCGUGUCGAGGUUUCAACACCAGAAGGAGGCAGUUAUGACUGCGAAAACCCGCAGCGAUUUUCAAACCGUUUUGUCGGCAAGGUCGCCAACGUUAACGAUGUCGUACAAUUUCACCGCAAGAAGAAGAACAUGACUCGUAAGCAGGGCGAUGUCGAGGUCGACGAAUCGGCCGUUUCCCAGUUGGCGACGCUCGACACGGUGAAAGUGGAGCAGCUAGUACGGGACUUCCUCGCCCAGCAGUCGCUCAGUAUCCUACCACAGAACUCUUUCGGAGACGCUGUCUCGCAGUUCAUCGACAAAGACGACAAACACGCAAUGGAAAUGUUCGUGAACGAAUCACUGGACAAUCAAAUGAAGCACCUGCUAUCCCUUGACCGCGAAGAGGAGGAGCAGGAUGACGAGGAAAAACUCCAAAACUCCCUGCAAACCGCCAUGGAAAAGUACCGCGCACAGAUGGAGGAUAUGUUCUCGCGCGGCAUCAAGAAGCGAACCCGGGGCAAGAAACGUUUCAAGCCCAAGCCUGAUGGUUGGGACACGGAAUUCGAUGGUGUUUGGGAGGAUCAGCCAGGUGCAUUGAUUCACUCUGAUAAUGAAGGUGGUGAUCCGAACGAGGAUGUGGCUGCUGAAGAUGGUACCACGCCUGCACCGGCAAGAGGUGGUACGCGUGGUCGCGGCCGUGGUCGGGGGGGUAGGGCAGCUGCCAAGCCGGCGACCGGCUCUCGUACAACCGCAAAGACCACGACCGCAAAGAAAGCCGCCCCAGCCACCAAGGGCCAUCGACACAAGGCCGUUUCUGACGAUGAAGAUGAGGAAGAAGAUGUCGUCAUGCUGGACGAUGACGAUGAAGACGACCAAGGCUUGUCAGACAUCGACGAGGACGACGAUUCACAGGCCUUAUUUGUCAAACAACCGGCCCCAAAGAGCAAAACAACGAGCCGCAAACCAGCCGCUCCUGCCACGACAACCAGCCAGCGUCGAUCCGGACGGAGUGCAGCCUCUCCUGCGGCACCGUCUUCUACACGGGGUUCUCGGAGUACCGCGCGCGGUAAACAGGCGACGCAGUCGACGUUGAAUUUCUCAGGUUCGCAGGCGAGAUCGAGUAGGACGACGCGGGCUACGAGCCUGCUUAGUGAGGAUAUCGACGAUGACGACGAUGAUGAUGCUUUCGAGGCGAUGCCGAGUUCAAGUCGGCGGAGGUAG